CGGUCAUUCUUAACUUCGCGCUACUCCUUGAGAUUCAAACUUCUAGUGUCAUCACUUUCCUGAGGGAUUUCAUUUUUCUCUGUCAAAGAAUAUUUAAAUUUAAGACGAAGUCAUGGUUGGUGAUCCAAAGAUAAGCUGUUGGUCUUGAAAGCUGCUCUUUUCCGGACAGGUUCUCUAAAUCUGUUGAAGAUUUAAUCGUUAUCCUCUUAAAGUAAAAGCUCUCACUCGUGUUUACCUAUGACUUGGCAUGAUGUUAUAACUGUGGGCACCAAAUACCUUCGAAGAUUACAUAGACUGCCGGUGAUAUUGCUUAAACAACCUAGAUCAUUCUUGCUUCCAAGAUACUUUGUUCCAUAUCCUCGUAUCAGUCCAAAUUUCGGACGGUUAACCAAAUAUAUUGGCAAUCAUUCACAAACCAACUCAUUGGUUAGAGCAGUAUAUAGAAAGAUUAUUAGUAGUAGUACUCAACAACGACCAAACUCAUUACUAAGGGUAUAUAGAGGCUUUGCUGGAUCCGUUCAAUUGAGGCAUUACGUGUCUAACAGACAUGAUUAUUCUUUUCAACCGAUCAACAAAAUUUAUAAACCAAAGCAUGAAUCUUGGUUUUCAAGUAUCUUUGGCACAAACAAAUAUCAAAUAUUGCCUAAUUUGUGUACAAGUUCUGCGGACUCAAUAAACCCGAAAGAGUUUAUAGCAGCAGGAUGUAACAGUGCUGUAUGGGCAGCUGAAGUUCGUCAACAAUAUCCAAAUGAUAAUGAAUUCAUUGAUAAAUUAGCUGUAAAAGUACUGUAUAACUAUUACACAAAUUCAUCUUAUGAUGAACAAUCUAAUGUACACAAUGAUUAUAAUUCAUUACAAAAUAUUCCUAAUAAUUGGACAUUAUUACAUCGUCAAAUUCAAAGAGAAUGUAAACUUCGUCCUCAAACUUAUCAUCCUAAUAUUGUUCCAUUAGUUGGACAUUUUAUUGAUCGUGCACCUCAAGUGAAUUCAGUAAAUGAUUCACAUAUUCACAAUGAUAAUUAUAAUGAAUCUAAUAAUGCCUUAUCUUCUGGUCAAGUUUCACAGUUUAACCAUAAAACUAUUCAAUCAAAAUAUUGGCCUGGUGUAGAAUACUUUUCAGAAGGUUUCAAUAAUCGACCGUAUACAUUCUAUAUGUUGAUGCCAAGAUUUGAAGCAACUUUGGAUGAUCUCUUACGAGGAAAUUUAAAGUAUAACUUUGAACAAUCACCAGCUGAAAUAAAUCACGAAGGUAGUAUUGAAUCUAAGCAAAAUCACAACGAUAAUAAUACUAAUCUUGUACAUAUUAAUCAGUAUCAAAAAACAAAUUCUUCUAAUACUUUCACAUCAUCUUUUCAAUUACAUACUGAUUUACAUUACUUAUUUAAUUCAAGCUUAUUGAAUUCUGCAUAUAUUAAACAUGGUGAAAUGUAUCUUCCUGUUGAAGAGAUUGUAGCUAUAAUUGCUCAAUUAUUUGAAGCAGUUGCUGAACUUGAAGCGCAUGGUAUUGCUCAUAGAGAUAUUAAACCAAAUAAUAUACUUAUACGUCGACGUGUUCCAUUUUUUAAUACUAAACAAACAUCUGAUAUGAACAAUACUACAUAUAAUAAUUUUGUUCAAUCCCAUUUAAAUUGGUUAAAUGACAAAAGAAUACAAAUGACUAAUUCACAUUUUCAUGUUGCAUUAACUGAUUUCGGAUGUGCUAUUCGAACUGGACAUUAUCAUUAUAUUAAUGAUGAUAAUCAUAAUGAAAAACAAGAAGAAGAAGAAGAAUAUCUUAAUCAUAGUGGAAAUUUGGCAUUAUUAGCUCCAGAAAUAGCACAAAUUAUUCAUUCCAUUAAAGAUAAUUCAAACAAUUUACAAUAUAUUUUAACUAAUAAAGAUUAUAAACAUUCAGAUAUAUGGGCAAUUGCUACAUUAAUUUAUCCAUUGUUUGGUAUACCUAAUCCAUUUAUUGAUGGAACAUUUUCUUCAGUAAAUUAUACCGAAGAUUCUUUACCUGAACUUCCUCAUGAAGCACCAAAAAUAAUGACAUGGAUUUUACAUCAAUGUCUUAAACGUAAUCCAUCUGAAAGACCUAAUGCUGAUGAAAUUGCAGAUAUUUUACAUACUUGGUGUCUUAUUCGACAUUUUCACAAUAGAAAAGAAGUUGAUAUUUUUAAAGAUUUUUUGCAAUAUUCAAUAAAUCCUGUGACCAUAAAUAUGGAUUAUUUAACUGCAAAAUUUAAUAACUCAACAACAUCUUAUAAAUUUCAAAGUUAUAAGUUUAUCAACGAUUUAUGUAAUCUUUUAAAUAUAUGUUGGGCAGGUGAUUGGUUAUCUGGUGCUGCUCGUCCUCCAAAUGGUAUACGUUCAUUGUUUUAUUCACGAGUUACUCCUGAUCGUUUGUUGCUUUAUUUAAAUAUUGUAUAUCAAUUGGAAUAUUUCAAUGAUUAGCAUGUUUUUUUUUGUGGAGAUUUCUCUCCUAACAAUUGUCAAUAUUUUCUUUCCCAAUUUAUUCCACUGGAUUAUAUUCCUUGAAUAACAUCAUCAAACCUUAAUGUUCCCUAUUACUACUUAUACUUUCACUACUUCUACCACUAUGGGAUUUGAAGCGAUAAGUGAAUCUCUGUGCUAAUGUGGUAUGAUAUGGCAACUCGAACUGAUGUACGUACGUACGAAGUUCUACGUUGUUACUGACUGACUGAUUAUCAUAUUUUACAGAUUGUUGUUUAUAUAUAAUGUCAUCCUGUCUUGUUCAUAAUUCUGUUUUAUUUCUGUCUUGUAUUUACUUUUAGAAAAUAAUCUAUUAGUGUAUAUUUUGUUCACUUCUUUUGUAAGAUCUCUUUCACAAAAUUGAUUUCCGAUUUAGUUAUCUCGAAAA